UCUCUUCUAAGUUCUAAUUUGGGCAAAAGUUUCCUAUGGCCUCCACAAGUUCUACUUCUACUUCUAUUUCUACUUUCAUCUCACAAUGGAAGUAUGAUGUUUUCUUGAGUUUUAGAGGUGAAGACACCCGAUUCAAUUUCACUGAUCACUUGUAUGCAAAGUUGAUUGAAAGAGGUAUUACUACCUUUAGAGAUGAUGAAUCACUUAAGAGAGGGGAAGAGAUUGCGCCUGAACUCCUAAAAGCUAUUGAAGAAUCAAGGUUUGCCCUAAUAGUUUUCUCGAAAAACUAUGCUGGUUCCAGAUGGUGUUUAGAUGAGUUGGUGAAGAUCAUGAAGUGCAGGAAAGAAAUGAAACAAACUGUGGUACCGAUUUUCUACCAUGUGGAUCCAUCCCAUGUACGGCGGCAGACAGGAAGGUUUAGAGAGGCAUUUUCCAAUUACAAAGAAGACACAGAGGAGAUGAAAGAGAAGGUGCGAAGUUGGAGGAGUGCAUUGACAGAUGCAGCCAAUAUAUCUGGAGUGCAUGUGAAGAAGAAUGAUGGGUAUGAGUCUGACCAUGUUAACGAAAUCGUCGACGAUAUAUUCAGGAGAUUGAAUUGUAGAAUGUUGGAUGUUGGUGCCAACUUGGUUGGUAUGGAUUCCCAUGUAGAGGAGAUAAUUCGGCGGCUAUGUGUUGAUCAAUUGAAUGAUGUCCGUAUCAUUGGUAUAUGUGGAAUAGGCGGAAUGGGUAAGACGACCAUCGCCAAACUUGCAUAUAAUACAUUUUCUCGUGAAUUUGAGUAUAUGAGCUUUCUUGAAAAUGUCAGAGAAGUACUUGGCAAUACUAUGGGUUUGCAUCAUUUACAAAAUCAACUUCUAUGUGAUCUACUACAAGUGGAGAGAAAUCAAAAUGUAAGCAAUGUUGGCCAAGGAGCCAAUAUGAUAAAAAAUGUUCUCCGAUGUAAAAGAGUUUUUAUUGUUCUCGAUGACAUUGAUGAUUCAGAUCAAUUGGAAUAUUUACUCAGAAAUCGUGAUUGGCUUGGAAGAGGAAGCAGAGUCAUCAUAACAACUAGAAAUAAACAUUUGUUACAUGAAAUGGAUGAUGCAUAUGAGGUUGAGGAAUUAAAUUUUGAACAAGCUCGUGAGCUUUUUAGUCUCUUUGCUUUUAGACAGAAUCUUCCCAAACAAGACUUCAUCCACCUCUCGGAUCGUGUAGUCUAUUAUUGUCAUGGCCUUCCUUUAGCUCUAAAAGUCCUCGGUUCUCUCUUGUUUAACAAGGCAAUACCCGAAUGGGAAAGUCAAUUGCGUAAAUUGGAAAGAGAACCUGCAGCGAAAAUUCAUAAUGUGCUUAAAGUAAGCUAUGAUGGAUUAGAUUAUACACAGAAGAAAAUAUUUCUUGAUAUUGCAUGUUUUUUUAAUGGGGAAGACAAAGACUAUGUUACAAGGAUAUUGGACAGUUGUGGUUUGGAUGCAGAGAUAGAAAUAAGAGUCCUCUAUGACAAGUGUCUUAUAUCUCUUUCCAAAAAUAAGAUACUUAUGCAUGAUUUAAUACAAGAAAUGGGACGGAACAUUAUUCGUAGUGAAUCUCAUGAUGAUCCUACAAAAUGGAGCAGAUUGUGGGAUCCGAGUGAUGUGUGUCGUGCAUUUACAAUGGGGAAGGGGAUGAAAAAUGUUGAGGCAAUAUUCUUGGACUUGUUGAGAUCGACACCACUACAAGUUAGUACAAAGAUUUUUGCAAAGAUGAAACAACUUAGAUUGCUCAAGAUUUAUUCUAGCAGUUAUUGUGGUACUACAGAAAUGCAAUUGAAAGUUAUUCUUCCUGAAGAUUUUCAAUUCCUUGCACAUGAGUUGAGAUAUCUUCAUUGGGAAGGAUACCCUUUGAAAUCAUUGCCGUCAAAUUUUCUUGGACUGAACCUUAUUGAACUCUACAUGAAGUAUAGCAACAUAAAACAACUUUGGCAAGGAAAUGAGAAUUUGGAACGGUUGAAGAUCUUAACUUUAACAGGAUCAAAGCAACUCACUGAAAUAUCGAAGUUCUCAAAUAUGCCAAAUCUAGAGAAGUUAGAACUUGCACAUUGUACAAGCUUGAAUGUUGUUGAUCCAUCUAUUGAAGUUCUCAAGAAGCUUACCAAGUUGAAUUUGUGUGGGUGUGAAAACCUUACGAGUUUACCAAGUAGCAUUCAAUACUUGGACUCUCUUAAAUUAAUGAACUUGGUUUCAUGCUCAAACUUGGAGGAAUUUCCAGAGAUGGAGGGAAGUCCUAUGAAAGCUUUAUCUUAUCUUCACCUUGAUCGAUGUGGUAUUAAGGAAUUACCCUCCUCAAUAGAACAUCUCACUAGACUUGAGGUGUUAUUUAUGUCAAACUGCAAAAACUUGAGGAGUCUUCCACGUAGCAUUUGCAGGUUAAAGUCCCUUCUUCACAUCAAACUCAAUGGUUGUUCAAAUCUAGAUACUUUUCCAGAAAUCAUGGAGGAUAUGAAAUGCUUACAAUAUCUUGAUUUAAGAGGUUCAGGUAUAAAAGAAUUACCAUCAUCAAUUCAAAAUCUGAAAAGCCAUACGUGUUCGUCUAUGAGCACUUGCCUUGUGACUCUUCCAGACAGCAUUUUUAAUUUGAGAUCCCUUAGAUCUCUGAUACUCUCUGGUUCUUCAAACUUGGAGAAGUUUCCCAAGAAUCUGGAAGGAUUCUGCUCCUUAGAUCAACUAGAUUUGAGUCACUCCAAUCUAAUGGAAGGGUCAAUACCCACUGAAAUCUGGGACCUAUAUUCCUUGGAAAUAUUAAAUCUAAGUUGGAACCCUAUGGUUAGCAUACCUUCUGGCAUCUCUCAACUUUGUAAGCUUUGUUACCUUGAUAUCAGUCACUGCAACAUGCUCCAAGAAAUUCCAGAGCUUCCAUCGAGUCUACGAGAAAUAGAUGCCCACUAUUGCACGAAGCUGGAAAUGUUAUCAAGUCCAUCAUCUCUACUCUGGUCUUCCCUCCUCAAAUGGUUCAAUCCAACAAGUAAUGAGUACAUGAAUCGGAAUUGGAAGAAAGGCAAGACGAUUCUUAUCCUAGGAAAUGGUGGAAUUCCAGGGUGGGUAUUGCAUCAGGAGAUUGGAAGCCAAGUAAGAAUAGAACCUCCUCUGAAUUGGUACGAGGAUGACCACUUUCUGGGAUUUGCUUUCUUCACUCUUUUUCGUGGCGGCACUCCAAUUGGAUCUCAAUUUAGUCUGAGAUUGCGCGGUGAUCCGGAUGAAGUUGUGGAUGACCGCGCCACUCGGUAUCGGUGUACAUGCGACAUCCUUAAUGAUUAUGCAUCAGAUCGAUUGUUGGUGACUCUCUAUCCUAAGAAUGCUAUUCCAAGUAAGUACCACUGCAGACAACCAUGGCACUUUCUGGCUGAUUUUGUUCCUAUGGGUAAUCGUCGGGUUACUCAUUCCAACAAUAUCAAGAGGUGCGGGGUUCAGCUGAUAUAGACCCAUGAUUAUCCACACCACAAUGUG